AUCACUUUCAGAUGAUCCAAACACUCUGUAUCUUAUUCUUAACCUCCAGUUACUUGAACCUGAAGCUCCAAUCAACUCACAUCUUCAUCUGCGCAAGAUGAGGAUUCUACUCUGCAACGCCUCCUCUUCACUAGUCCCUCUCUCUCCAUCCUCAACUCCAACUCACAAACCUCCACUCCUUCACGCCACCACUUCGGCCAGCAACUGCUGGCCGAAUAAAGCACUAAAGGCUCUCUUCACCGGAGCUCUCUCGCUCAAUCUUUUGCUCUCUUCACCGUCUUCACUCGCGAUAGACUCUCCGUCUCUACAGUCAACCUCACCUUCACCUUCUGACGUUUCUUUAACUCAGUCUUGUCGCGAAGACGAUGAGAUAGAAGCGUUGGCUCAGAGUGAGUCUCAAGUGGUGACGAAUGAAGGAAUUGUGGAAGAGGCUUGGCAGAUUGUUAAUGAUAGCUUUCUUGAUACUGGACGCCAUCGCUGGACUCCACAAAACUGGCAGCAAAAACGGGAGGAUAUUUUGGCUUCUUCAAUUCAAACAAGAUCAAAGGCGCAUGAUAUGAUUAAAAGAAUGUUGGCCAGUUUGGGCGAUCCGUAUACUCGUUUUCUUUCGCCUGCUGAGUUCUCCAAGAUGGCGAGGUAUGACAUGUCUGGUAUUGGGAUAAACCUUAGGGAGAUUCCUGAUGAUAAUGGAGGUGUAAAAUUGAAGGUACUGGGACUUAUCUUGGAUGGUCCAGCGCAUGUUGCUGGAGUAAGACAGGGUGAUGAAGUCUUAGCUGUCAAUGGAGUGGAUGUUAGAGGAAAAUCAGCUUUUGAAGUGUCAUCUUUGUUACAAGGCCCCAAUGAAACAUUUGUAACAAUUGAGGUCAAGCAUGGCAACUGUGGACCAAUUCAAUCCUUAGAAGUCCAAAGACAACUUGUUGCCAGAACCCCGGUCUUUUACCGGUUGGAACAAAUAGACAAUGGCUCUACUUCUGUUGGGUAUAUGCACCUAAGAGAGUUCAAUGCUUUGGCUAGAAAAGAUUUGGUCACAGGUAAAUUCGUGAAAAUCAAAAUUAAAACUCUACUGCUUAGACACAAUUUCAUGGCUUGCAUGCUUUAUAAUACCCUGCUGGGUGCUUCUUUUUAUGAAAGUUGUUGAGCUAAAUUUACA